GAUAUAUUUUAAAAAUUAUACGGUAUUUUCUGAGGGUCAGCGGGAAUAUUUUAACGAUAAGUUCGCGGGGUCACACUGGAGGAGACGAAAAAUAUUUUUAUUUUUCGAAAUGUCGACGCUGCAACUGGAAUUUUCGCAGGCCAUGGCCGAUUUCAAGAAGAUGUUUCCCGACAUCGAUCGCGAGGUAAUUGAGGCCAUACUGCGGGCAAAUCUGGGCGCCGUGGAUCAGACAAUAGAUGCCCUAUUGGCCAUGUCCAUAGAUAAUCAGAACGAAAAACUGCGCAAUGAACUGGAUGCUAAUGUCUCCCCACAGCAGAGUCUCAUCAAUCUCAACGAUUCGGACAAAGACCUACGGCGCAAUGUCCAGCUCGUUGACACCACGGAUGGCAUUGGGGACAGCGGUGCAGCCGCAGCAGCAGCCAGCGCUGGUGCUUUACUAACAACCGCCAGCGCUUCGCCGAAUCAUCCCAACACGGGUGCCUCGCCCAAGAUGCGGCCACUGGGCACCUCGAAUCGGAUCAAUAGCCAGAGCAGCACGCCCACAAAGAGGAGUCAGAGUAGCAGCACAGCCCGUCGCUGGAACCCACCCAUUUUGGGUGUGCUUCCGCCAGGCUUUCUACGCAUUGCACCUGCUGCUGGCCAGCAGGACUUUGAGCUACCCGACGAGCAGUUUGCCCUGAUGCUGCAGAACGAAGAGUUUAUGAAUCAAUUGCGCUGGAAUCAAGACUUCAUGAACGCCCUCGAGAAGGAGCAGACGGGAAAGACUAAGGGCGAGGAUGAUGCCCCGUUUCAGGAGCGUCUCAAGAACAUGGGGAAGAUGUCGCGCAAGAAAUUCCUACAAAUGGCACGCGUCUUCACCUGGCAGCGCAAUAAAAAGGUAACCACCGCCAAGCAAAUCGACUCCUUACCGUUGCGCGAGGAGCCCAGCGACGAUGAGGACCACCACCAUCAUCAGCAGCAGCAACAACAGCAGUCGAGCCAACCGCAAUCCCAGCAACAGCAGCAGCAGCAGGGCCAGUUGCAACUACGCAAGUGAAGCGCGUACGGGUCCAGCAUUUUGUUAUCUUAUCUCAAUGGCCAUACCGUGACGAUCACGUGCGCUUGUAAUCUCCUUUAAAGUAAUCUCUAAGCAAGAACGAAAUCUCCUCCCAAUCUCAAAAACAAGAUGCGAAAUAAUUUUAUAUUUCUAGUUUUUAAACACCCCCACACAUCAUAACCAAAAGUGCAAUUUUUACCCCUCGUAAACAUCCCAGUGCAAUAUCUCGUAUUACAAUAUAAUUUGUAUAAAAUUUUUUUUCAACUUUCGUUGUUGCCAAAUUAGCAAAAUUAAGUUUUAUUGAUAAUUUGUAAAGAAGACAAGAACCGGGCGUUUCUUUAGAGCCCUAGUUUGCAGCACACAGUUGGACUGAUUAUUGAAUGCGUUAAUUAAUUGAGCAUCACACCAAGAAUAGAAAUCUCUGUAGAGCACCUUGCUUAGCCCAAAAACCUAGUCAUUAUAAAGAAACCCAAAACAAA